CUUCCACUACUGUGUCGCACAAAAGUGACGCGGUAUUUUUUGUACGUAAAACCAAAUAUGGCGGUGCUACUGCGAGCGAUACGUGCAGGAAGGGCAUUUCGGGGUCUCUGCAGCGUUGUGGUGGCACCAACAUCAAACCUUCAGCAUACCAGUCUCAAAAGAGGCUUCAGCGGUACUCAUCUAAGGCUUCAGGACGAAUCCACAUCAAACAAAUACACACACUCCCCUGGUCAAGAUCCAGCAACAGCUUCACAAAGAGACUCAGCUAACCCAUUUGCAGAUGAGUCCACCGGAGGGAGACAUAGUUACCAGGAUCAGGGUGGAGAGCAAGAUGAGGAGUAUGAAACAGAGGAGCAGGUUCAAGCUAAAAUCCUAAAUGCUGCUUUGGAAUUUGUCCCACAGCACGGCUGGACCUUGGAGGCCAUGGCAGCUGGGGCUGAGACAUUAGGUUUGUCAUCUGCUUCCACUGGUAUGUUCGACAAUGGAGCUGGAGACCUGGUCCUACAUUUCAUCGCUCACUGUAAUUCACAAUUGCGAGAGACACUCGCUGAACAACAAAAGCAGGUCCAGUUGGGCCAAGCAGAACCAAAGAAAACUGCUGACUUUCUGAGGGAUGCUGUGGAGGCUCGACUGAGGAUGCACAUCCCCUACAUAGAAACAUGGCCGCAGGCAAUGAGCAUUCUGCUCCUGCCUUACAACAUCCCUAAAAGUCUGGAACACCUUGCCACCCUAGUGGAUGACAUCUGGUACUAUGCUGGAGACAGAUCUACAGAUAUGAAUUGGUACAGUAAAAGAGCAGCACUGACUGGCAUCUAUAACACCACUGAGCUCGUGAUGCUUCAGGAUUCCUCCCCAGACUUCCAGGACACUUGGAACUUCCUCGACAACCGCAUUCAAGAUAUAGUCAACAUGGCAUCUUCUGCCAAACAGGUGCAGUCAACAGGCACAGCAGUGGUGCAAGGACUCAUGGGGGCUGCUGUAACCCUGAAGAAUCUCACCGGGAUAAACCAGAGACGAUGAUUCAAAACGACUUGACUGAACAGAUCCCAACCAUCUUCAUUGAACACGAAAUGGAAAUUAUAUAUUCAAAUAUAUUUAUUCUAUAUGGCCUGGUAUCUGUGCAUUUCUUGGUCAUUUGCAGGGCAAGAACUUUUGUCGUUUUGUUCGACUCGCCAAUAUUAACUCUUCUGUUCUGACCAUUUGUCUUCAAAAAUACAAAUACUCAGUAUUCAAAACUGGUUUUAUGUUUGUCAAUUUUUCUUUUUUUAAAGUUCUUGACGGUUGUCAGAUUGAAAAUAUUUGAAUAAGAAAAAGUGGAUUUUCAUUACCAAGUCGUUGAGCGCUUAAUCCUUUUCCCCCUUUAUAAAUCUGCUUGUAUAAUCCCUUACAUUUCAUUCUGGCAAUCAGCAGCACAAUAAAAAUAAAACUCACAGAAUUUUGA